CUGUGAGCGUGUAGUUCAUGUUUUCAUUGAAAAGAAUAUUGCUGAGGCCCCUCCGAGUCCCUGUCCUCCACCCGUCCGCCGUCUGCCGCUGCAGCCUCCAGCCCCGGGCCGACCGUCAGCCUCCGGAUUGACCUCGUGAGGCCCCGCCGUGCCCCCUGACCGUUCCUUGGCCGGGUCACUCCCUGCGUGAGCCCGGGCUCGCCGCUGUUAUGAACAUCCGCAGUGCCGGGCCGGACGACCUGCUGAACAUGCAGCAUUGCAACCUGCUGUGCCUGCCCGAGAACUACCAGAUGAAGUACUACUUCUACCACGGCCUGUCCUGGCCGCAGCUCUCCUACGUGGCCGAGGAUGAGGAUGGCCGGAUUGUGGGCUACAUCCUGGCCAAGAUGGAGGAGGACCCCGAGGAUGCCCCCCAUGGACACAUCACCUCGCUGGCCGUGCAGCGUACGCACCGGCGCCUGGGUCUGGCCCAGAAGCUCAUGGAGCAGGCCUCGCGGGCCAUGGUGGAGAACUUCGGCGCCAGGUACGUGUCCCUGCACGUGCGCAAGAGUAACCGGGCCGCCCUGCACCUCUAUUCCAGCACGCUCGGCUUCCAGGUCAGCGAGGUGGAGUCCAAGUACUAUGCCGACGGGGAGGACGCCUUUGCCAUGAAGCGGGACCUCUCGCAGAUGGCAGACGAGCUCAGACGGCAGCAGGAGCUGAAGGAGAAGGGUGGCUGCGUGGGGCCGGGGCGCAGGGAGGCCCCUGAGAUCCAGAGCACCCCGCCGGCAGCAGCUGAGCAGAGCAUCCCCCAGGAGGCGAAGAGCUCCCCCGUGCACCGCAUUGGCCGUGACAGCAAGGAACCGUGCGGGUCCACGAAGAGCACCAACAUCCCAGACAGCUGCUAAGAGUCCCAUUGCACUUCCUGGAGCCUGCCCCAGCUUUGCCCGUCUUCGUGUCCCAGCCUAGCUGUGUCAGCUCUCGGAGCCCUGGCGAAGCCUGUCUGUCCUGCAGGGUUUGCCCUGGGAACAGCACACAGCAAUUCCUGUCGUUCCUCAUGCUUCUCUCCCGACAGCUUCCCACUACCCUGCUGGGCUCAUGAGUGAGCACCUGGACGUGAAUCCUGCUUCAUAGCAACCAGGAAGGUUUGAGGCCUGCCAUCACCCGAACUUUCCUUGGUCCGCUUACACCACACUGCCCUUUGAUUCUGUUUGUAGUAGUCCUGGGUGUGGUUGGCUUGCUCGGUUGUCUCUUCCUGGAAUGCCAGCUAAGAAGUAGGGCAGAUUCUCUCGGCUCCUUUGUUUUCUGCUUUGGUCAUUAUUGUCUGGGUUUUCUGUCUUAGAAGGGAUGGUGAGGACCAGCAAGUUAACCCUCGUUUCUGCUUUCUCCUCGUUCUUCUAAUUUUCUUUUUGUAAAAAUAUUUUAUUUCCUCUUUUUUGUCUUACUAGUCUUUUUUCCUCUGGGAACUCACCUCUCUUUUGGGGGGAGGUGUUUCCUUCUACCCAGUGGGAGAAAGUGGUAAAGACUUCUACUUACAAAAAUUAAAAAAGAAAAAACGAAGGAAAGAAAGAAAAGGUAUUGUUGAGCGGCUUCUGUAUUCCAGGGACUGUUCUAGGCAGUUGGGAUACAACUGAGA